AUGGAUGCUAAUCAGAUGCAUGAGCUUGAGACGCUUUGUCGCGUCUUGUAUGAAAGCGGCAACGAGGUAGAGCGUGCGCACGCCCAACAAGCUGUUCUGAUACUGCAGAGCUCAGCUGAGUACAUUCCACAAUGUCAAUAUGUUUUGGAUAACUCAUCGUCUCCUUAUGCGCUUCUUGUGGCGAGUACAAGCCUUACAAAGCUUAUAACUUCGCACUGGAAUAACUUUACGACACCACAGCGUGUCGAUAUUCGAAAUUAUGUGCUUGGAUAUCUGGCUCAAAAAGGUCCUACUUUGGAGAAAUUUGUGACAACCUCUUUGAUUCAAAUGGUCUGUCGUCUCACCAAAUAUGGAUGGUUUGAUGACGAACAACACCGCGAGAUUGUGACGGAAGUAACGAAAUUUCUGCAAGCAACAGUAGAUCACUGUGUUAUUGGGCUUCAAAUCUUAAGUGAACUUGUGACUGAAAUGAAUCAGCCGGUAUCAGGACGUAGCAUCACAUUUCACCGUAAAAUUGCCGUGUCAUUUCGAGAAGAUUCACUAUUUCGAAUCUUUCAAGUAGCACUUACAUCGAUCAAACAGCUUCAGAUGCACAAUAUUCGAGGUGCUACACCACAACAGGAAGCAAAGAUGGGGGACCAAGCUUUGACAUUGCUCAUUAAAUGUCUUUCUUUUGAUUUUAUUGGCACGAAUCCAGACGAAUCAUCGGAAGAGACGGGAUCACUUCAAGUACCGACGUCUUGGCGCUCGGUGAUUCAAGACCCAAACACAUUACAGCUGCUUUUUGACUAUUACAAGACAACAAGUCCACCGAAUACAUCCAAGUGUCUGGAAAGUUUAAUGCUCUUUGCUUCUGUUCGUCGAAACCUCUUUUCUCCUGAUAAAGAGCGUAGUGUGUACCUGGCCCACAUGCUGAAAGGCAUCUGUGCUAUAUUACGCGCUCAGGAUGGACUGUCCGAUCAACAAAAUUACCACGAAUUUUGUCGUUUGAUUGGAAGAUUAAAGUCAAAUUACCAGCUAUCUGAGCUAAUGAAGACUGACUUAUUUGAGGAAUGGAUGGAAUUGACCCCCGAUUUUACGAUCAAAUCGUUGCGUCAGUGGCAAUGGUCCGCUAAUUCGACGCAUUAUUUAUUGGCGUUAUGGGCGCGACUUGUUGCAGCGUUGCCGUACGUACGAUUAGACGCCGUGCCUGGCUCUCCUAAUACGGGCGCGAUCAAUUUUUUGGACUCACGAGUUCCCCAGGUGAUCCAAGCGUAUUUACAGUCUCGUCUGGAUUCGGCUGAGCAAUGUGCGCUUGACGACACAUUAGACAACCCACUUGAUGAUGAGGGAGGACUUUACGAGCAGCUUGAAAAAUUACCGACGCUGUGUCAUUUAAAUUACCGUCAGACAGGUGAGUACAUUGUCUCAGUCAUGGAUCCAAUUUUGAACCAGUACGCUGAAGCGUGCAGUAUCUUGGAUCAAAGUGGUGCAACAACAAUUUUAUUGCCACAGCAGCAGCAAUUGCAAAGCAUGGAGAAUCAAAUCGCUUGGCUAGUCUAUACGAUCGGUGCCAUUAUUGGUGGCCAAACGUACUCAUCAACGUCGACUGAAGGCGAUGAAUUGAUCGAUGCAGAUCUUUCACAGCGAGUAUUUCGGGCAAUGCAGUUGACAGAACACCGAAUCAUUGCGUCAGGUGGCCAGAAAAAGCCAAGCAUACACUUUGAGUUAUCAUUGCUGUAUUAUUUUAGCAGCUUCCGCAAGAGUUACGUUGGUGAACAGCAUGGUAUGCCAUCGGCCCCGACGCCAUCGACUUCAAUGCAGCCAGCGUCAGCCGGGUCGCCGAUCAUGGCUCCUGCAGAAACUGUUAAUUCCUUUAAGCACAAAGCGUAUUUGCGAAUGUUUGAGCGUCUAGGACUGGGAGACCACACGGUCGUUGUGAACAUGAUGGUUACAAAAGUGGGCAAUAAUCUCAAGUUCUGGGGUGAUAUCGAAGUUGUAAUUAGCAAAACUUUGACCCUUUUCUUUGAGGUGGCAUCUGGUUAUUCGUCUGGCAAACUUCUUCUUGGUUUGGAAACGGUGCAUUACUUGAUUGCGAAUCAUACGGCGGAGGAAUUUCCGUUUCUGGCCAUUCCCGCCAACACGCGACACCGUACGACGUUCCACUCUACAAUUGCGCGACUAAUUUUCACAACAGCGUUUGAUGAGUCUUCCGAGCGGUUUGAACGGUUCAUGGAGCCCAUUGAAAGCGUUUUAAAUCAGUUGAUGCAAACUCCAAAUUACCGAUUACCCGAAGUUCGCGAAGCAAUCAUUGGUGUAUGUCGUGAUUUGCGAGGAAUUAUUGAGCAAACGCACAAUCGACGCACGUAUAGUUGCAUAUUUGAUCUAUUGUAUCCAGCUUACUUUUCAGUGUUUAUUCGUGCUGCUGAUGAAUUGUACGACUAUCCGGCUGUCACGACUGCUCUGCUUAAGUUCUUACAGGAAUUGGCCUUCAACAAAUCUCAACGAGUAACUUUUGAUCAGAGUUCAGCAAGUGGAAUUUUGCUUUUUCGUGAGUUGAGUAAUGUGGUGGUAGCGUAUGGACGACGGAUACAGUCAAUGGCACCAGUAAAGAAUCCCUACAGUGAGAAGUAUAAGGGGGUGGCGUUGUGUCUAGGGAUUCUGUACCGAGCACUAGGUGGAGUCUAUGUCAAUUUUGGAGUCUUUCAGCUGUACAAUGAUAAGUCGUUGGAAAAUGCUUUGGAAGUUGCAUUGCAAUUGGUUUUAUCAAUUCCUCACGAAGAUUUGAUGCACUAUCCAAAGGUGAAAAAUGCGUAUUUUUUCUUUAUAGAAAUUUUGUUUCGCAAUCAAUUAGCAUCUGUUGUGGCACUGGAUGAUAAUAUCUUUCGUCAAUUGGUUCAGUCACUACAUGAUGGGGUGAACUCGUACGAUUUAUCCAUUGCUGCUCAGUGUGCAACGGCUGUUGAUCAUUUAGCAUCACUUUUCUUUCACGAAAUGAAAAAGAAACGCGAUACACCUUUGAAACAUGCGCUACGUGCGCACGUGCAACAAUCGCCUAGUAUGUGGUCAACUUUAUUGGCGCUUUUGUUGGACAUUUUAGUAUACGGUGAAGCGAAUACCCAAUGGGCCUUUUCUCGACCGAUUUUGAGCCUCACACUUUGUAGCGAAGAAGCUUUAACAAACUAUCAACAACAAUUAAGUUCAACCCAACCACUUGAGAAUCGGGCAAAGAUUGAAGAAGCUUUUGCGGCAUUAUUUGCAGAUGUGCGUCCGAAUUUGGAGGCGACGAAUCGAGACAAAUUUACGCAGAGACUUGGCCAAUUUCGCAACACACUACGCAGUUUCUUAACGAUCCAGUAA